AUGACGACGACUACUAGCCCACCAACCGCCCCCAAAAAGGAAUUUCCCAAAACCAUCAGCACUGUGGAACUUCACCCGACAUUUGGAGCAGAGAUCCUCGGCGUCAAGUGGGGAGACGACGGGACUGUUAGUGAGGAACAGCCCAAAGAGCUUAGAGAUGCUGUACACAAGGUAUACGGCUUCAUCGUCCUCCGCCGCAACCCUCUAACCGACGCCACCCAUGUCUCCUUCUCCCGCCUCUUCGCUUCCGCUUUCCCCUCCCUCUCCGCCUCCGCCUCCGGUCCAGACGGCGACAGUAGUCCAGGGCAAGGAGAAAAUGUCCUCGACUCCAUAACCCGCUUCAUCCCCCCCCCUCCCGCGCCCGCCAUAUCCGCUACUACCCUUACCUCGAGCUCUUCGAUGCCAGUAACCUCACCGACGACGGCGCCGCUAUUCUGGACCCUUCGACUAACGGCACGGGAGGAUCUUGGGGAGGAGGAAGUCAAGAGGAGGAUGGUGGAGAAGGAAUAUUGGACGGGGGUGUAUAAUGCUGCUCAUAGUCGCAAGAUGGGGGCACCUGACUUUUUCAAGGAGUUGGACGUGGAAGUGGGGCCGAUGUUGAGACAUAAGGUCGUGCAGGAGCAUGUGGAGAGUGGGAGGAAGAACUUGUGUGUGGGAGCGUAUUUGUGGCGGUUGGAGGAUAAGGAGGGGAACACGGUGCCGGGGUCGAAGGAGAUGAUCAAGUUUUUGAAUGAGCAUGUUGCUCAGGACAAGUAUGUGACGAGCGUGAGGUGGGAGUAG